AUGGAAGCGAGGAAGCGAGCACGCUUUCUCGAGCGCGUGGCCAAAUAUGGCUUUCCGUGUGUGCUGUGCCCUCAUCGUGGCGGUGCGCUGAAACCGCUCACAGCAUCAUCGACUACCGAGCAUGAAAACGAGCCCGAACACGUGACUGGUGCGUCGAAGCCGUGCUUGCCGGUCUCUACUCCAGAGACAGAGAAGCACGACCCCGACGCAGUGCAGCGCCGUUCGCAAGCAUCGAGAUGGGAGCACCAGGAUCCGCGCUUUGCCCACGUUGCAUGCCUGUACUGGCUCCUAGCGAAGCCAAAGGCAGAUGAAACUGUCGCAACCAGCGUACAGCGAUUGCUCGAAGAGUUAGCAGCCAGCGAGGAUCCGUGUCUAACACAACGCAUUCGAGCGAAUGCGGCAGUACGCUGCAUUGUCUGCAAGCAGCGGGGCGUAGGUCUCUGUAUGCGCUGUAAUGCCCCGUCUUGUGAUGUUGGAUACCAUAUUACGUGCGCACAGCGCGCCCAGUUAUUCAUGGAUGUGCAUACGCACCAAAGCCUGUGCCCCAAGCACACGCAACUACGGGUCAUUGCCGAAACAGGAAACGCGCUUUUGUUGUCAACGAAGACAUCAGGAGGCAUUGCCCCGGAAGGGAUACCGCCCCGACAACGACGAGGUCGAUCGUCGCGGACCGAGUUACAGCACCGCCACCUGAGCGUACAUGAUGCCCCAGACAGAACGCGGAUGACAGUGCGCGUGCCGCAAAGUAUCGAGCUGGGCUUUCUGCCGACUCGCGUUGACGCUGUGCCGCUUUCCGAAGCUGCAGAAUGCUACGCAAACCUUCGCCAAUGCCGGCAAAGUCUGGAACACCUACGCACGCUUGCGGACUUGGUUUGGCGGCGAGAGUCCAUGAAACUGGGCCAUACCGAGGUUUUCUUCAAGCUUCUGAGGCGAUCCAUUGCAGCGUUUCUUGCUACCGAGCGCAUACUAGGUCACGACGCCUCGGCUGCUGCAGAGCUGGUGUCUGCAGCGCGGCUCGCGGAAGCAUCGAAUACUGAUAGUCAUGGCAACUCCGCAACUACCGAGGAUGUUGUCGUCAGAAGGCCACGUCGCCGCGGUCGCCGAGCGCGUCAACCUAUGCCCUCCAGCGUACGAGAACGAAACGAGUCACCAGCAGUGCAGACUUGCCUGGACGCAUCCUCGCCGACGUUUCCGCGUGCCGAGGCUGCGGUGCCAACAAGCGAUAGUCCGAUGGACGAGUCGGAGGCUGCUGGCUGUUCUGAAGAAGCACGGCCAGCAGCAGGCGUCGGCAUGCCACCGUCGCUUCGCUUUUCGGGUUUCGUUGAGAACGCGCUUCGUGUUGCCGGGGCGGCCUUUCGGUUUAGCAGAGGAAACGGUAAACAAGACACGUAA